CCAUUGCCUCGGGAGGGAAGUGAUAGGCUGAACUUCCCACAACGAAACCCGGGUCUUCCGGGCCAGAGUGCUGGCUUCCACCCAAGCCCUGGACCCCUGCGAGGGACUCCACCUCCUGCAGGGAAAGUCCCGAGCACAGGCAUUCCCUUCCAGCCAGGAAGCUCCCUGGAGUUUACUCUUUGUCCGAUCGCACACGAUUCCUUCUGCCCCGCCGCGCCCUCAAACGGAGCCCUCCACCGGGCCGCGGGAGCCCGCGCGCACAGCCCCACGGAGCAUCCUUUGCCCGCGCCACCGCCCAUGCUGCAGCCGGUCGGGAAUAGCUACCCCGCGGCCGGAGUCCACCGUUCGGUGACCUCAGCCCGGCCCCUGCGCACCGCCCGGGCGGUUCCUGUCGAGCCCCGGGCCCCGGUGUGGGACCCGCGCACGGCGAUGGCUCAGCCGGCGCAGAGUGACACCCUGUGCCCGCCGUCCGCCCGCUGAGACGCGCUCAGCUCCGGACCGCAAGGCCUCGAAAUUCCCUGCCUCCGCCUCGCCGCCGCGUCCUUCUCCCUGCCGGGGGUGGCUCCAGCUGCUGCUUCCCCGGGGGCGAGGGGUGACGGGGCCGAGACAAAGCCCACUUUGUGCCGGGAGUCGCCGCGGGGCGUGGAAUGCGCGCCUCGGAGCGCGCCCCCUCCCCGCUGCCCCCGAGUCGUGGCUCCGGGUCUAGUCUCGGGUCCCCGCGCCAUCGGGGCUCCCGGAUCGAUUGGAGCCUCCCCGCACGGUCUAGAGUGGUCUGAGCCUUGUGGCCGCAGCUUCCCUCCGAGCGCUGGCCGGCAUUGUUAUCCCUGCCAAAUGGGGGUGCUUUGUGAAGACCGCCAAGUCGGGAGCUGUUCUCAUUAUCCCUGCCUUCAAACAAGGCAAAGUGUCUCUGGUUGACCCCCACAACCCACCCUCGACGCCCCACUUCACUCAGUGGCACUGAUUUUUUUUUUCUUUUUCUUCUCCAGUAGUAUUUCAUUGUACAGGAGCCACGCCCUGGCUUCUUAAAGGCGCUCUGCACUCUGGCCAUGUGGUGUCCUCGCAGCCGGUGUGUGGGAGGUCUCCUGUGAGCCACCCGAUUUUCCCGCCUCCUCCUCAUGUCUCCUCCCACUCCUGUCAAGGAUUCAGGGAUGCCCGGGGGGAAGAAAGCAGCCGGGGGUGGCAGCAGCAGUAGCGGGGGCACGGCCCCACCUGCAGCUGCAGCCGCUGCCGCCUCUUCCGUGGGAGCCCUAAGCUUGGAGACCAGCGAAGGGGCCUCCGCCCAGAGAGAUGAGGACCUGGAGGAGGAGGGGGAAGAGGACCUGCGAGAUGGAGGCGUCCCUUUCUUCGUCAACCGGGGUGGGCUGCCCGUGGACGAGGCCACCUGGGAAAGGAUGUGGAAGCACGUGGCCAAGAUCCAUCCCGAUGGAGAGAAGGUGGCGCAGCGCAUCCGCGGGGCCACGGACCUGCCCAAGAUUCCUGUACCAAGUGUGCCUACUUUCCAGCCGUCUACGCCUGUCCCUGAACGCCUGGAAGCCGUGCAGCGCUACAUCAGGGAGCUGCAGUACAAUCACACAGGGACACAGUUCUUUGAAAUUAAGAAGAGCAGGCCUCUGACAGGGCUGAUGGACCUGGCCAAGGAAAUGACCAAAGAGGCUCUGCCAAUCAAAUGCCUGGAAGCUGUGAUCCUGGGAAUUUACCUCACCAACAGCAUGCCCACCCUGGAACGCUUCCCCAUCAGCUUCAAGACGUACUUCUCAGGGAACUACUUCCGCCACAUUGUGCUGGGAGUGAACUUUGGGGGCCGCUAUGGCGCGCUGGGCAUGAGUCGGCGUGAGGACUUGAUGUAUAAGCCGCCCGCCUUCCGCACACUCAGCGAGCUCGUAUUGGACUACGAGGCUGCUUACAGCCGCUGCUGGCACGUGCUGCGCAAGGUCAAGCUGGGCCAAUGCGUGUCCCACGACCCGCACAGCGUGGAGCGCAUCGACUGGAAGCACUCGGUCCUGGACGUGGAGAAACUGGGCCGAGAUGACUUCCGCAAGGAGCUGGAGCGCCACGCCCGCGACAUGCGGCUCAAGAUUGGCAAAGGGACAGGCCCUCCCUCUCCCACCAAGGACCGGAAGAAGGACGUUUCCUCCCCACAGCGGAGCCAGUCCAGCCCUCACCGCAGGAACAGCCGCAGUGAAAGACGACCCUCCGGUGAGAAGAAGCCUUCGGAGCCCAAAGCCAUGCCAGACCUCAACGGGUACCAGAUCCGGGUGUGAGGCAGGUGCCAGAAGCCCAGGCCUCCCCUGCUUCUGCAGAUCAGCGUCUGCCUACUGGAACCAGCAUCACUCAUGGGGAAGGGGGGGCUUACAACGGGGCAGGGCCAGGGGCUGUGGAAAGAGUGAGCUCCAGCUGAGCCCCACCCUACUACUCCAAGUUGCUCCCCUCCUACUAAGCCCAGCCCCAUAACUUCUGGCCAAGAGGCAGUUAGUAUUUUAUUUGGAAUCUUGAACUGUAUAACUGAAGCUUCAAGUAUUAGGGGAAAAUGAAUCAAAUGGAUCUGCUGAUGGCUGCGAGGCUGGCAGGCAGGAGCUGGCUGAGGCUAGGUUACCAAUGCUGCUGGUGGCCCUGCCCCUGGCAUCUGAUCCUAACUAUGGGAUGUGGUGGGGGGUGUG